CUGCUCACAAGUGCCUCAUUCCAGAUCAUACGCGUUGUUGUACCGCAGUUUCUGGUCGUUCUACUGCUCUUCAGUUAUGUGCUAUUCGGUUCGGGCAUGUUUGUGCUGCUGGAUGGGAACCUGGCCAAAGAGAAUUUCACAGAUAUUAUUCUAUUUUCGUUCACAACACUCGCUACUAUUGGAUAUGGUAAUAUUUCACCAUCUACACCACUUGCACAAUUGUUCUGCAUUGUGUUCUCGGUAUUCGGCAUUCCGAUGACUUUGCUUACAUUGGCAAAUCUGGGUAAAUAUCUUACCAAAAGCUACUGGAUGGCAUUGGUUUGCCUAGGACGAGAGAUCCGAUGGCGUGCAUGCGAGAACGCCAAAAUGCCUCUACCAACCAUUUUAACACUGUUUGUGAUCACUUUUGCGUUCGGAUCACUGCUGUUCUAUCAUAAGGGGAAAGGAUUCUCCGUGGACGAUGUCUAUUUCAGUGUGAUCAGUUUUGCCACCGUUGGAUUCGGUGAUAAAUUCCCGACAGCCGAUGACCCUGUGCUAUUGGUCGGAAUGAUCUGCUAUCUGGUUUGGGGUAUGAUCUUGAUGACCACAAUGUUCUCAGUUGUGAGUGCCUACCUGAGAAUGAUUCACUAUCUUGGACGUCAAUUGCGAGGUGCUCGUGAUGUACAUGUUUGGUUCGGAGGUAAAAGUAUGAAGGUUUCGGCACUGCUCGAGAUCGUUGCCGCAGAAUUCAAUGCAACCCCACGUCAGCUCAAAGGAGUGCUGCGCGAUUUGGACACAAUUAUAACGGAUGCAGUUGGCGAGAAUCAGUUACUCUCGAGAAGACCCUCGAUUCUGUUCAAAAAUCGACGUUCCUCCAAAAAGCCAUUCGCCUACUCACUUCAGGUAAACUCUGAAUCCACGUCGAAUUGGAUUUCGAUUGAUUCGAAUCGACAUCCUCCGUCGUCUUAUAAAAUGAUAAUCUGGACACGAUCUGAAGGUUUUCCGGCAAAAGGACGAAAACAACGCUAUAAUUUUUUAGAAACACAAGACAACAGGGAGCAUCCAGCACCACCAAUAAUCGAAGAAGAGACCAUUUUGAUCAACAAAAAUUUCUUGAAAGAACGACAAUCAAUCGAUCGCAGACAAUCCGUUGAUCUCGGCGAAUUGAGUCGACGAACCAUCACAAAGUACGAAUUCUGA